GGCCUGUAAUUAUACACGUGUGGAGUCUAACGAAUCAGCAAGUCUGGAAGUUCCUAGUUCCGAAUUGCAGUGUAAACGCGGUAUGAGUUGAAGCGGUUUACCCCCAUUAUAUCUGGACGGUGACACAUUGGUAUGAAUGACAUCGUUGACCUGCUAAUAAACCUACACAGUCGCAGUGACUCGACCAAAUUGUGCUCCGGGAAGAAACUUGUCAAGCCUUGUUUUGGUUCCAUCGUGCUUCGUGUACAAUUCAAAAAGACAUUGAUUGACUAAAGUAUGUCCUGUACAUGCACAUCGGCCGUGAGGAUAUUCUUGAAUUCAGCACACAGAGGACUGUCUUGUUCUCGUAUUCAACUGUAUGCUUUGAGCAGACCUGGUUCUUGUGAAGCUCACCUACCUCCCAGAGUCCGAGUCAGAUCCUUCCAUGAAACAGCAGUGUGUUUCGUUGCUAAAGAUGGAACAACCAAGGAUGGAUCCAGCGACAGGGGAAAGAAGAACCUCAGUGAGGGAAAAAGACUUCCGGGCUCUUCUGGUGGAUCAGGGAAGGGGGGUAACCAGCUGCACUGUCCCAAAUGUGGAGACCCAUGUACACAUGUGGAGACCUUUGUAUCAUCAACACGUUUUGUAAAGUGUGAGAAAUGCCAUCACUUCUUCGUGGUGCUCUCUGAGACGGACUCUAAGAAGGGUCUGAAAACAGAAGCAGAGUCGCCCGUUGAGGCUGUCAACAUGGCCUUCACACAGAAACCUCCCCCGCCACCCAAAAAGAUCUAUGCCUACCUGGACAGGUACGUAGUGGGUCAGUCGUAUGCUAAGAAGGUGCUGGCGGUAGCUGUGUAUAAUCACUACAAGAGAAUCUACAACAACAUCCCUGCUGGGAGCAGACAGGUGGAGGUGGAGAAACAGGCCUCGCUCACACCACGAGAGCUAGAGAUGAGAAGACGGGAGGAUGAGUACAGGUUCACCAAACUACUUCAGAUAGCAGGGAUCAGUCCCCAUGGCAACGCUCUGGGAGCCUCCAUGCAGCAGCAGGCUCCUCGGGAGAAGAGGGGCGGGGACGUGUUAGACUCCACCCACACUGACAUCAAACUGGAGAAGAGCAACAUCGUGCUGUUAGGCCCAACCGGAUCAGGCAAGACAUUGUUGGCCCAGACUCUGGCCAAGUGUCUAGAUGUACCUUUUGCCAUCUGUGAUUGUACCACCCUGACCCAGGCUGGCUACGUGGGGGAGGACAUCGAGUCUGUUAUCGCCAAGCUGCUACAGGAUGCCAACUACUCUGUGGAUAAAGCACAGCAAGGCAUUGUGUUUCUGGAUGAGGUGGAUAAGAUCGGCAGUGUUCCUGGGAUCCACCAGCUCAGAGACGUAGGAGGAGAAGGUGUACAGCAGGGCCUGCUGAAACUCCUGGAGGGAACGAUCGUGAACGUUCCAGAGAAGAACUCCAGGAAGUUGAGAGGAGAGACGGUGCAGGUGAACACCACUAACAUCCUGUUCGUAGCGUCAGGGGCCUUCAACGGACUCGACAGAAUCGUCAGCAGACGAAAGAAUGAAAAGUACCUGGGCUUUGGCACACCAUCCAACAUGGGUAAGGGUCGCCGUGCGGCGGCGGCCGCCGACAAAGCUAACAGUAGUGAACAGACGGACAUGGUGGCAGAGAUGGAGGAGAAGGACCGGCUGCUGAAGCUCGUGGAGGCCCGGGACCUCAUUGAGUUUGGGAUGAUCCCGGAGUUUGUAGGGCGUCUGCCUGUGGUGGUGCCUCUACACAGUCUGGAUGAAGAGACGCUGGUCCGUAUCCUGACUGAACCACGCAACGCUGUCAUACCCCAGUACCAGGCCCUGUUCAGCAUGGACAAGUGUGAACUGAAUGUAACCACAGAUGCUCUGAGGGCCAUUGCCAAGCUGGCUCUGGAGAGGAAGACAGGAGCCCGAGGCCUGAGGUCCAUCAUGGAGAAGCUUCUUCUGGAGCCCAUGUUCGAGGUGCCAUGUUCAGACAUCGUGUCUGUGGAGUUAACCGAGGACGUCGUCCUGGGCAAAUCAGAACCACACUACGUCAGGGCUCCAGCGAAGGAGGCGGCAGAGGAGGAGUACGACUCUGGUAUUGAAGAGGAGAACUGGCCCAGACAGAUGGACGCAGCAACUAACAACUGAUCUGAUCCACCUUGACCUUUUACUGACACUCAUUUUCAAGAACCGCUACAUUCUCUACACACAGUGCAAUCUAGAAUCAUUUGAACACCUUCUAGAAUCUUUUUGGAAGCCAGUUGUGGGUUCCUUAAAUUCCAGCCCCUGAGACCCCGUGGAGCCCACUACUGAAACUACAGCUUGAUGAAACUGUUUCUAGACCUUUCUCUCUCUGUGUGUUUGCAUAAGGAACAACUAAGAUGUGAGAUCUGUAAAUACCUGUUGAUCGUGUGAAUCAAAUGGUAGUUGUUUAGUUGUGAAUGGAGGGCCACUAACAACGUGGACUUCAUUUUAUUUUAUAUAGUAUAUAUAUUUUUCAUCUUUGGGGAUUGCCUUUUAUCUAUCUUAAGAGAAUGCCAUUUUUAUUCUAAAUGAUUUUAAAUAGGUGAUUGUGUUCUUUCUUAUUGUGUUGUGAUGAUGGCAGGUUGAAGUGGCAAAAGAUAAACACAUAACAUGAAUGGGAUCAGCCAGGGAAACACAUAACAUGAACGGGAUCAGCCAGGGAAACAAUAUAACAUGAAUGGGAUCAGCCAGGGAAACACACAUAACAUGAAUGGGAUCAGCCAGGGAAACACAUAACAUGAACGGGAUCAGCCAGGGAAACAAUAUAACAUGAAUGGGAUCAGCCAGGGAAACAAUAUAACAUGAAUGGGAUCAGCCAGGGAAACACAUAUAACAUGAAUGGGAUCAGCCAGGGAAACACAUAACAUGAAUGGGAUCAGCCAGGGAAACACACAUAACAUGAAUGGGAUCAGCCAGGGAAACACACAUAACAUGAAUGGGAUCAGCCAGGGAAACACACAUAACAUGAAUGGGACAUUAUAUUGUAGACUUGAGUGGGGGCUUCACAUUGUUGAACGUAUUUUAUUGAUUACAUUGUGUCAGGAAAGCUUAAUCAAGUCCACUAGUAUUUGAACCCAGCUCUGGUCACCAGAGCAUAAUAUUCCAUGAUGAGCACAUCAUGAUUGUUUUUCUAUGGCGUUAAAUUACUGCAACAACUAAAACAACAACAUUCUGGCACUAAUUUAACUCCACAUCUCCUCGUAUCCACCACGGGUACUAACGGUGUGUGUGUUCAUAAUGAACACAGCUGAGCUGGAGAUGUUUAAACAUUAAACAUCAGAGCUGCUGAGUUAAUGUUAAUGAUCGUGUAUUACAGGAAUACGCCUGUCCAUAUAAUAGUGUUCAUUACGAUCUAAAAGGCUGCACUGAUCCUAGAUCAGCCGUCAUUGAGACUCUAUUGUGAAUACGGGCAAAGUUCUCCGAAUAUGGUUUUCCCUUUGCCCCGGGGCGGGCUUUUCAAACCCCCACCUCACCCUUUUGUAGAUAUGCUUCAGUAUGUCACGUUACUAAAAGCAAUUCAGUUUUUACUACUUAUGUUCACACUGAACCAUGAUGUUCAAUGUCCUCGUAGUGCUGUAUGUACACUAAUAGUAAUAAUAUUAGAUUAACAUUCAUCAGGUUUCUAACUUGUGUGUGUUGGCUUUCAGUCAACGGCUUUCAGUCAACACCUCCCAGUCAACACUCUUCUCAGAGGUAAAUGAUAACAUGUAAAACGCCCCAAAGUUGUGAUUGUUUUAAAUAUCAUAAAUAAAAUGUAUAUCUCUA